AUGAAACGUAACUGGGAGCUGACCUCGCACAUUCUAGGAGGGUUAACAUCUUACUGUCUCGUUGGGCAGCGGUCCAGCAGUAAUGGUGUGAGGAAUCUGAAAGAAGUCGUUCUACAACAAAAGAUUCCCAAAGAAACGCCAUAUGCCACCAAGAAGUUUUUGAUUCAUAUAGGGAUGCAAAUCAGCUCUUCCAACUUAUCCUCGAUUUCAUCUCGCCAUCUUUACUCGUAA